AUGAUUAUCGAAAAAGUCGAAGAGCUCAUUGCUCUCAUUCAGCCCCAGCCCAAUUUCAUCCAUGAACAAUGGAGUAGCAUGAGACUUGAAACAGCAAUGCUUCUAGUAAUUGCAACUUUGGGCCUGCUUUUCAUAACAGACUAUGGGUAUAUGAUAUACCUUCACUUCAAAAUGCCUCCCGGGCCAUUUCCACUACCGAUCAUCGGAAACACCCAUCUUUUACCGGAAAGCAAGCCAUGGAUAUAUUUCGAGAAAUUAGCAAAAGAAUACAAGGCGCCGAUGAUUACGUUCUGGACAGGACGCCGACCGACCGUUUGGAUUUGCGACGCAUGGGUGGCCAGCGAGCUGCUUGACAAGCGAGCCGCGAUCUACGCCUCUCGGCCUCGGAUGGUCGUCUUCAGCGAGCUCGGCGCCGGGCAAUCCAACCUAGUCAACAUGUACUAUGGAGAUAGAUGGCGGCUGCAUAGGAAACUGACCCAUAUGGGCGUUGGUCUGCAGCAAGUACGGAAUUACCGCGGAUUCCAAAAUGACGAGAGCAAAGUCGUUGCGUUCGACCUUCUCCGAGAACCAAAACACUAUGUGAAACAUUUCGAGCGAUACGCAACGAGCGUGGUUUCAAUCAUUGGGUUUGGUAGGCGUGUUGCCACGUUCAGCGACCCAAUAAUCACAGAAGUGAUCGCCGUUAUGCAGCGAGCGGCCGAGCUGAAUGUGCCUGGCAAAUCCUUUCCGAUGUUGAUGGAGUCAUUUCCCGUCCUUGCGAAAUUCCCAAACUGGAUGGCGCCGUGGAAGCAUGGGCUGGGAAAAGGACAAGGGCGCGGUAGACCUUUCUUCUACGCACUGGCUGAAGAAGCUGCCAAUAACCCCAGUUCUGGACAGUGUUAUGUAAAGAAAAUCUUUCAAGAAGCCCCAAAGCAUAAUUUGUCUCGAAUGGAGAUCUCCUCGCUCACGGGCAAUCUUUUUGGUGCAGGCAGUGACACCUCCAGCUCUACGCUUGUCACCUUUGUUCUGGCCUGCUGCGCUUUCCCAGAAACUUUACCAAGGGCAUGGGAAGAGCUCGAUAGAGUAGUCGGAUCGCAUCGAAGCCCGGCAUUUCAGGACGAGCCUGACCUUCCAUAUGUGAAAGCAUUCGUGAAGGAAGUACUGCGGUGGAGAUCGGUGGCAGUCAUCGGAGGCCAACCACAUGCGCCAAUCAAGGACGACCACUAUAAGGGUUGGUUCAUUCCUCAAGGUACCUGGGUCCAGGGCAAUGUUUGGGCGAUUCACCACCACGAACGAGAGUUUCCCGACUCUGACCGCUUCAAUCCGAACCGAUAUAUGAAAGACAGUCCAGAUCAUCGGCCAUUCCCCGGUGAAAAAGGGUACAUGACCUUUGGGUGGGGACGCCGAGUGUGUAGUGGGCAAGGCUUAGCAGAACAAGGGACCUUCAUUACUGUUGCACGUCUGCUUUGGGGGUUCCGAAUUGAGAAGGCUUUGGACCGGGAAGGGAAUGAAAUCCCCGUGGAUAUAUUUGAUUACACUAAUGGACUCAAUAUGAGGCCAAACCCGUUCGAGUGCCGCAUAACCCCCCGAAGCGCGGAGAUCCAGGCGACGAUCGAAAGAGAAGGAAUGCAAGCCUUGCAAGAUUUAGCGCAGUAUGAUGGGGAGACCGAGUAUCGGAUGAGCACGUACUAUGCCAUGGAAAAUUUGUGA